CCGAAAUAUCGAAAGAAGCUUUUGGGUAGAAUCUUCUUAAACCCUAAUCCCCAAUCAACUCGAAUUCGCGCGUUUGAGUUCCCACGAAAUUAUGAAAUUGAAUUGAAAGAAACUGUAAUCUGUGUACCGCGAUCAAGUUCUCACAGUCUGAAGGUCAAGGUUGUGUAUCGUGGAUAAUUUGUCAGAGACUAAGAGGGCGAGCUCAAUGUCCGCUAGAAAGCAAGGUGAAACGCCGGCCGACGAAGGUGGAUCUGGUACGAAGCCACCGCGCAUCAAAAUCUCAAAAUCCUCCGACGCAGGCGAUGCCAAGAAUGUUAGCAAGAGGCUUAAAGACAUGGAAAUUUGUGUCCCAAUAGUCUGUGGAACCAUCGCAUUUUAUCUGGGCAGGAAGGCCAGCGAGUCACAGUCACAUAAAUGGACAGUCUAUGUGCGUGGUGCUACUAAUGAGGAUCUCGGGGUGGUGAUAAAGAAAGUUGUGUUUCAGUUACAUCCCAGCUUUAAUAAUCCAACAAGAGUGGUUGAAUCGCCACCUUUUGAGUUAUCAGAAUGUGGUUGGGGAGAGUUUGAGAUUGCCGUCACACUUUUCUUCCACAGCGACGUUUGUGAUAAACAAUUAGACCUAUUUCACCAUUUGAAGUUGUACCCUGAAGACGAAUCUGGUCCACAAACAACAAAGAAACCUGUUGUGGUGGAAUCUUACAACGAAAUUGUGUUUCCCGAUCCAUCUGAAAAUUUUUUCGCUCGUGUUCAGAAUCAUCCAGCUGUUGUUGUGCCUCGCCUUCCUGCUGGUUUUAAUCUACCUAAUCCUGCACCAAUUGAGAAUAUGGCAGAAAGGGAGAGAGGCGACACCAAGGAUCAUCCCCUUAGUCAAUGGUUCCUGAAUUUCUCAGAGGCAGACGAGCUGUUAAAACUUGCAGCUGCUCGCCAACAAGUGCAAGCUCAUAUUGUCAAGUUGAGAAGACAACUCAGUGUGAUGGAUGGACUGCCUCAGUUUUCAAAACCAACCGCUGGUUAUGAAUUUACGUAAUAAGCUGGAGGCUGAUGGAGUUUAUCCAUGUAAUUAGGUUUACCUGCCAGUUCUCAUGGUUCAGGUCCAUGUAAACAAUGAUGUAUCGAGUUUUUCUUUAAUAUCCAUGCAAUUAAGGUGAUAUUUUUAUAAUUAAAGUAGCAUCUGUCACUCUUAGUAAUAUUGUUAUCUAACUUAUGCUCCUGCGAUACUUUGUAAUCAUCCAUUUUUUAUUUAAUCCCCUCACAUCUGCAUUGAUGAAAAUGAAUAUGCAGGGGAAGGAAGAACUAGUGAUCCGUUGCAAAAUCCAACGGGCCAAGAAUUAGUGGCUAAAAAUAUUCAACCUCAAACCUUGCUUAAUUUCAGACUCCAAAAGAAUUCUCCAAUCCUAAAAAAUUCUGCUGUUUCUCUGUUGAAAUCUUCCAAACAGUAGUUAGAUCUGAAUGCAACUUUAGCUUUGAAUUAAGACCUGGAGCCUAAUUCAUUAGAAGUAGCUUAGAGCUUUUCUCAAACUUUCCAGGAAAAUUCAAUGACCAAAUAUGUGGUCAACCUCCUCUUCUCCAUCUUCUCCUAGAACAUCAUUUGGGGUGAUGUGAAUUUUGGGCUACGUUUCUCGAACUCUAUCAUAUUGUGGUUAUGAUCCUCUCAAAGGCUAGGGACCAAGGCUAAGAAUACAAUUUUAGCAUUUUUGCUUUCUCUCCAAAACACAGGUUCAUAAAUUGUUGAGUAGGUUGAUAAAUUGUUUAACGGCACCACAGAUCCAUCUUCCACUCGCAAAUCCAAUCUUUUUUGUCUCGGCCCCAAGUCCUCAAGAUGCUUCAGAAGAGCUCCAGAAGACUGUAAUUUAUGAUCGAUCAUUGUGAACUGAAAUAAUAUAGUUGCUUGAAUCCUCAAUGUAUGUUAUGGUGUUCUUGGUUUACCAAUAUAAAUUUCAAAAUCAUGCAUAGUGGUAAGUUUAUUGGUAUUGCUAUUUUUUUUUGUAGGUGCACAAACUUGGAAUGGAAGCCAGAAUAUUUUCAUUAAUAGUUCUUUCCUUUUUAUAUAUUCUCCUUAUAGCACAAGGAGAAUAUAUAAAAUUAUGAUGUUGCACUAUUUAAGAUUUUCUUUACACCGAAGACUGGAGUAGUUGCCUUCGCUUUUAUUCUUAACAAUCUUGUUUUUGAUCUGAUAAACAUGGUCGUGAACUAUUUAUCAAAUUUUCAGGUUGCCAUGUGCUAAAAGGAAACUGUCUAUUGUUCCUCAGAAAAAAUGGCCUGCGCUGCACAGGAAAUACGGAAAAUGAUAGCUUAUCCUUCUCUCUUCCUUCAUCAUUUUCCUGCUGCUCGCAGAUUGUGUAGACAGCUGUUUCUAUGGAUAAUGUCUAUCUAUUCUCGCAUUUAUUGCUUCAGGCUGCAUUAACAUCAUUACAUGGAAAUUAGAACAAUUUUCAAACUCAAUAGCUUUAAGUUGAUGACAUUAUUGUAAUCAUUGAAGCUCCAUUUCUUCGCCCCCACAAUGAAUUGAAAAGCUUGCUUUUAUGAAAUUGGUGAAUGCAGUUGGGAGCUCUACCCAUAUAUCCUGAGAAUUCUCAAUAGGGUGCGAGUGGAAAAGAAAAGAGGUGAAUUCGGCAGUCCUGCGUUGGUUGGAUCGGCAGAGUGGCUGCUUAUAUCAUAGCCGACGAGAUUGCUUUUGGCCUUGGAACAUAGGAAAUUGAAGCCAAUCAGCAGAGUAAGGCUGGAUAAAUGAGUGGUGCUCAUUUAUACCAGACAAAUUAUUUUGAAUAGAACUCUCUAGUAUCGUGAACUUGUGAGGAUUGCCACAUGGGUGGUCUUUUGAUGUGGAGACAUUCAAGGGAAACUAACGGGAAGAUUAUAUAUCCUUUCAUUUCUCAACAUUAUUUACUAUUAACAUUUAUAGAUGUUUUAUUUUACAUUCAGGUAACAGGUGGAGCGCGAUGGAUUUUGAAUUGCUUAAAUGUACCAGGGGUGACUAAUUUUUGGAUGGUGGGUGGUCUAGAUUUGAGCUGAGCUUUCGAAGACAAAUUUCUGUAGUUUAAAGAUGGCUGGAGCAUAAUAACUGUCCUUACUCAAUAUGUGUCCUUUCAUCUCUCGGCAUUGUUUAUUAUUAACAUUUAUAGAUGUUUCAUUUCACAUUCAGGUGCAAGUAACAAACAGUCUAGGAGAGCGACGGAUUUUGAAUCGCUAAAAUGUGGCAAUACUCUACAGGGGGAUAAAUUUGUGGAUGGUGGGUGGCCUAGCUUUGAGCUGAGAUGAGCUGAGCUUUCAUAGACAAACUUCUGUAAUCCAAGGGGACAGACCAGUACGCAGAGACUUGAAAAUGAAGAACAAAGUUUCGUCUCUAUGGUCCACUACCUAAAAUAAGGUACUAAAGUCAAAUCCAUCCCACUUCGUGCCCGAAAGUAGAACCGUAUGUCCUGGACUUGGACCACUCCGUAACUGAGUUGGAAAACAAUUCCCUACUUGCGUGGAUUGUUCUGGUGAUACACAGCCUCAGGAUUUGGAUUGAAUAUAGGUGGUCCAAUCAUAUUCAUCCUCAGUCGGGUUUCAUUUUCCCCCAAAAUAUAUAAGACAAAAUCUCAAGUUUGGUCUUUCAAUCUUGUGGUGGCUUGUGUAGCCUAGAUAUUAGGAAGUCGUGAAAAUGUUGUUUUCUGCCAUAAAUAUUACUGGGAAACUGACAUUUACGGGCUCUCAUGUGGGAAACAUUUUCCUCUUUCUUUUCAUUUUAUGGCACGUCUUUGAUUAA